GCGCCAUGAAGGGCGCGCGCGCAGCUCGGAGCGGCUCCCUCGCCCCCGCUUCCGCUCCCGGCGUGGAGCAGGCCGGACGCGCGUGGCGUCGCCUUGGGGACGAGCGCCCCCCUCCCGCAGGAUUCAGUACCCUGGAAGCUGCGUCUCGGCCGGGUGACCCUUCCGGCCCUAGCCAUGGCUCAGGAGAGUGAAAACUGCGAUCCUAUCGGAUCCAUCCUACUCGAGGUCCAAGAAGACCUUCAUGAGUUAAAGGAGAAAUUAGUGAAAGUCCCAUGUGAAGGAGAAGGAAGGACUCUCGAUAUUCAGAAUCUUGAAACAGCAAUCCGCAGGACGGAAAAGGGGUUAAAAAUUCACAUUCAGAAGUAUUUAGAUGCUGUAAACCAUCAUGUGUUAAUGACUUCUGUUGAUGAGAAUUUAUAUGCUCCUAUAACUUCAAAAUGGUUGUUUCCAGCUGCAGUUGACCAAAAGUCAUUUGUUUUUCCCUUGGAAUCUGAGACUAAACUUUGGCGACUCCCCAGACAGCCUUGCUCACUUCCGCGUGUCUUUCCAAGAGCAAAGCAAAAGAUAGCGUUAAAUGUAAAAAUCAUGCAAGAUCCUGAAAACAUGCACCACCGAGCUGCUGUAAAUGCGAGCUAUGGAAUCAGACUGCCAUAUACUAAUCAGAGAAAAGCACGUGUGAGCGUUCAGAAGUUAAUAAAAGGGUCCACUAUAUCCAACCUCACAGUUCUGCCGUCUUCUUAUUGCACGGAUCCCUACUUUGUCCCCGUACCAGUCUUACAGAAGGAUGCCAGUAAAGGGAUUUUAAGUAUGAUAGAACGGGGAUUGAUUCCCCCAACAGCAAGGAUUACCUUUCGGAAUCCACCCAUUGCACCCAGAGCAGCUCCUCUGCACAGCUUUGAUGAAGCACACAAGAUUCCAAUUGCAACACCUAUUACUAUACCUCAAAAACCACCACUGGUUCCAGUUCACGAGGUGAUGUCUCAGCAGCAAAAAUCAAAGGGCAGAGGCAUAAGGUCAAGAGGACGUUACGAUGCGAAGACCCCGAAAAUCACAGCUUCUAGAGUUCCCAAAUCAUCAUGGGAUUAUGACUUUUCUAUUUAUGAUGGCAUCAUCAACAAGACAGCCCCAGACUUCUUAGCAUUCAAGGAACGUUUUAGCUUAACUUGGGGGAGCAUUUUUUCUCUCUUAGAACACAUCGAGAAGUUUCUCAGGGACUAUGCAAUACCAGAAGUCAAAAUAAAAGGGAGGAAUUUGGUGGCCCUCCUUCCGGAGUUUGAGCUGACGAAUAAACUUACCCGAUACGACUUUCUCUCGGUGUUAGAGAACCCGCUUCACGUCCAGAUGCUGUUAAACCUUCCGGGACAGAGGUACAAGGGCCAAGGUGGAAAGUCAAUGGCUGCCAGCAAGAUCCAAGCCACGUGGAAAUGCUACCGAGCGAGACAGUUCUUCAUCAGCUACCGCCAGCGGAAGUGGGCGUCGGGCGUGAUUGCCAUUACUUGGCUUUUGCAUUGCCAUAAGACUCGACUGAAGAAGAUCUUGAAGGAAUCGCGUCAGAGACACCUGGAAAAUUUCCGCAUCCGAGCCAAGCAUCUGGCAGCCAACUGGAAUCGCAUCAGGACCUCCAGGAGGACUAUUAUCCAUAUCCCAUCAUUAGGAUAUUCCCAGCCCGUGCGAGAACAUAUUGGUGAUUUGAGCACACAGCAGAACAUGCAGCUGGGGAGGCUGUGUGAAAUCUUAGAUGACAAUGUGAACAUCAUCUACAUCUGCUCCCACCCUAUGAACGACGAGUUAAUGCUGUAUUACAACAAAAUCUUAAGUCUACAUGCAGCCGUCAAAUCGGGGAACCUUGCGGACAGGAGUGACCUGCAGCACAGGUUCAAAAUUAUCAUCCCUGAAGCUGUAAACAUCUUCACUACUCAUCAUAUGUGCCUGGCCACUCACCUGAUGUACAGCCCCAAGGCAAUCAAAAGAAUAAAAAAUCUCAUCCAGGGCACGGAGGCCUACAUCGUGGGCGGACUCCUCCACAGAGAUGAUUUGGCUGUGGCUGAUAUGUUAAAUGUACCCAUCCUGGGCUCAGAGCCCGAGCUGGUUCAUCUGUACAGUGCCAAGUCUGGAAGUAAGCGGGUCUUCAACAGCGCCAAUGUGCCGGUCCCUCCUGGAAUAUAUGACAUCUAUAGUUAUCAGCAGAUGAUAGAACAGCUGAGCCAGAUGGUGACCGAUCACCUGCAAAUCCAGCGCUGGCUCUUUAAAAUGAACUCGGAGUUCGGAGGAAACGGGACCGCCUUUUGUGACAUUCCUUCGUACCUGCAGUGCUACAAGUGGGUGCUGAAGGAGAGUAACAGAUACGGCUCCGAAGACUGGAGAAAGAAGUGGGCCCAGGAGCCGGCUUUGGCAAAGAUCUCCGAGGAGCUGGCGGGCAUUUUAGCACAGCACGCGCAGCCAGUCAAUGAGAAACGGUUCCCAACGUGGAGGAAAUUCCUCCAAACGUUUCUCAGUCAAGGGGGCGUGAUUGAAGCCUUCCCGCCAACAGACAGUGUCACCAACCUGACAGUAGACAUGCUCAUCGAGCCCAAUGGAGAGAUCAAGGUGCUGUCAACAGGGGACCAGUUUCAUGCCGAAGGCCCCUUCAUUUGCUCUGGUACCACCGUGCCUCAGACCUCAGUGGAUCCCCAAGUUCUCAGCUCCUUGUGCCUCCGAAUUGGAAAGGCCUGCCAAGUGAGAGAUGUGGUUGGUUACUUUUCUGUAGAUUUGGUGACUUUUAUUGACCCCAGGACCUUGGAACAGCAGGUAUGGGCAACGGGCCUCAGCCUCUCCUACAGUGAUCAGCUGGCUCUCACUCAGCUCACCCUCUACCUGACAAAUGGCCACCUGGAUUGCAGUCUGAGCACCCUUGAAGUGCCCCGCUUUGUCCCAAAGAAAGAAACAAAAGCCAAGCGCCACAGCGCCCUGUCAGUGCCGUCACAAGAAACCAGUCGCUACGCGGUGAUGACCACCCAGCUGAAGCAUAACAAUCUCUCGCUGGUUUUCCACUAUGUUUUCCUCCAGAUGUGUAAGGCACAUGGCAUUGGUUAUGACCUUGAGGACAGACAAGGAACAGUUUUUCUAUUAUACGAACACCUGAAGAGAGACAAGUUGGGCAUGUUAACAAUCGGUGUGGAUCUCCAGGGGGUCCUCAUGACCUUUGCUCGCAAUCUCUUCAUCAUCCAUCAAGAAAUAUCAGCACCUAAUAUGCAAGGCGAGACCAAUUUUAAGACUACCAUUGAUGAUAUUGAAAGCAUUCUAAGAGUAACAAAGGAAAACAAAAUGAGAUUUGAAGAAGAUGAUAAAAACGUCUCUAAGGCUGAUGAGUGAUCCUGAAACGCAUUACGAUUUGGGAAUCCCAAUCUAGAGGAAGAAAGGGCAAUAUUUCUUCUGGUAUUAGGAAUAAAAAUGGUGGUGGGUGGAACGGAUUUAUUUGGUUUGCGAAGACAUGAAUCAGAACAGGUUAUAAUGGAUUAUUCUUCCUGAAGAUGUAUUAAGCGUUCUUAUUUUAUGCAUUAAACCAAAACUUAGGGGUGUUUUCACUCAAUAAUGUUAAACAAUCCCUUUCCCAAACUUAAGAAAAAUAAUCUGAUAAAGAACAAAUUAACAAGUCUGACCCAUAUCACUUCUACAUCUGUUUUUCUAUAAGCUUCAUGAUUAUGAAGCUCUUGAGGGUUUUUUUAUGUUUCAUAAAGUUUUCUCCUAUUUCUAAGAGUAAUUUCUCUGCAUUUAAAACACUGAAUAAAGGCAGAGUCACUAUUUGUCAGAACACAAAUGUCCUUUUUUCUAAGACAUGUCUAUGUAUAGGAAGUUUAAAUGAUUCUUUAUCAUUCUCUGUAUGUUCACUGUACCAGGCUUCUAUCCUUUGUUGCUAUUGUCUUUCUUCAAGAAGCAGGAAAAGCCAGCAUCUGGUAACCAAAGCAUCAGAACGUGUCUAGGUGGCAGUAUCUGCUCUUAGUUUAAGAGACAGUGUAACUCAAGCCUCUGGCUUGAAUAAACAGUUGUCCUCCUCUAGUUCUUUCCAUUUAAUAUAGCAGUAGGAUUUUUACAAGCUGAAUUCAACAGUACUUUUUCAAGGGGAGCUGUUAACAUCACUCAAUGCUGACAUCAACCCUCCACAUUGGCUGCAUAAUUAUCCGAAAUAUUUCUACAUCAGCUUUGCUGGAGUGAAAUUUGCAAGGUGCAGCACCAAAGCACGUAUGGUAUAAAGAAUAACAUUUCUAUCUAUAAAAAUACUUGAAUAUAUUGGGGAAAGUAGUAUUUUUUAAACUAUAGAAUGUCAGUACGUUUUUAACUGUGCUUCAGACACAGGCUAAGAGUUUCUGCAAUAAAAAUUAACAGUUCUCUGCGUCAGUUUUUGUUCUGCCAUACUUGGAAAUACAUUCAUUAGCCAGGUUCCCUGCCUAUGCUAGGUGCAAGGAUGACCUCCUUUUCUUGCCAGAUUUCUCUGAUCCAUACGAGGGGCCUAUUGUCCAGACACUCGAUGGAUAGGAAGUACUACAUGCCCAUUAGAGACGCUCUUCUAUUGAAGCCAGAGCAACAUAAGGUCCAAGAGACUCAUUAGCUCACUGGCACGAUCGUGUCCUGAGAGUAAAUGAAACCCUCUGUCUCCUUAUGGCUCUCAUCUGCUCUGGACUUUAAAAGAAAACUGUCUCCGUUUUGUUCAGCACAGCGGUGGAUCAUUCACAUGGCAAAAAACCCCGCUUCACGGUACAAAACGGUUAAAUCCAUCAGGGAAGUUCUGUGUGUGGAUUUUGAUUAGCACUCCUGAGCCUCGAGCUGCCGGCAACAGCAAAACAAGUUCGCUCUCCUGUACCAUUUUUAACCCACUUGAUUGGUUUCUCAAACAAUGCUGCUUACCUCAUUACCAUACACCAUAGAAUGCCUGUUUCCAAAUUCAGGCUUUCUAGCCAGAUUCAGACUCCUUAGCAAGAGGCCGCAAAUAAGGUUGUCUGCCUAAACACCUACAGCUUCCUUCAAAAUGAAACACGAAAAAUUAGUGUAGUAAAACAAUCACAUCAGGUAAUUAAGUGGAAGAAGCCAGAAGACCAGAUUAAAUUAGUGAAAUGUUUUAAUUACAGAACAUUUGCAAAGAAGCGUAGACCAAUAUCUUUUGCACAUGUAUGUUACAAAGGUACUGUGCUACUGGUAAACUGAGUUUGAAAAAAUUGUAUGUGCACCAUGUCUACAGUAUCCCAAAUAAAAUUUGAUCAAGAUGAAUUACUGAGUUUUUUACUGUUCUAAAUAGGAAACUGAAACCUUUGUUCGUUAUACGAUUUUUGGAAAAUGAUGUGCCAUUUUUUAAGUAACUCAUUUAGGAAAGCAUUAUAGAAAAAUUAUGUUAUAAUCCCAGCACUC